AUGGCCACGUCGAUCAGUAGGUCGUCAUUCGUUUUGCCACUGCUGAUCGCGGUGCUGAUGCUGUUGGCGGUGUCAGGGUCGACGGCGCGGCAGCUGGACCUGGACGGCGGCGACGAUCGAUCCACAUCCACCGGCGGCGAGUCCGCCUUCGGCGUCGGCCGUCCUAUCAUACAGAUCAUGAAACGCCUGAACCUGCAGCAACUGACAGAAGCAGGGCCAUCCUGCAGUACCUACGACAAAAACACCCCAAAGCCGCCAAACUGCCCCCCAAACCCCUAA